AUGAAUAACGAACAGUCCUCAGGGACAACAAACACCGAAAUGAACGAGAGAGGGACCGAAAGAGUGCGCUCGAUGGUAUUUCAUACACCUCCAUACUCCAACCCGUCGUUUGAUCCAAAACAGUCGAUUAGUGAGUCGUAUCGUGACGGGUUAAGUUCUGGUGUUUCUAACACCAGUGAUGAUAAAAGAAAACCUGCAAUGGUGCGAUCUGCAUCCUCACCCGGAAGCCAUACCAGCAGUAGCUGCAGUAGUGGCGAUGAUCUAUCUCCUGUUUCCAGUAUUCCAGAUGAAUUGAUGAAACUUAUCGAUUUCUUCAUCGACGAUUUGAAACAACCAAAGUACUCAAAGCCGCUUACUAUUAUGCAACUAUCGCAAAUAUUUCAACGGUUUUAUGAACGUUUUGACAGGUCGGCACAGCAGCACUUCAACGCACAGUUUUCUCCAGGCGGGAUUUCUGGCAACUCAAGUUCUGCUAGCGCUUUAUUUAAUGCAAGAGAAACGAAGAAUAGUGGACUAAGCAGCAUCUUUAAUAGAUCAAGAAGUAGCAGUUUAAGGAAUAAUGGCUCAAGAACUAGAACACGUACAAAUUCACAACAAAACUUCCAACAGCUAUUGACCCCAGAAGAAAUUUCGAAUCAGAUUAAGAUUCAGGAACGCAACAAUUUGAUGGUGGAUCAAAUCAUGGAUUUAUGCGAGACGGAAAUAUUUAGGAAAAUACUACAGGUCGGAACUGGGACGGGAAAACCUGUCAAAAUAUCUACGAAUCAACCAGCAGUCAAUCAUAACACUUCUUGGAAGAUGACUAGUUUGUUUCGCAAUAACCCCGAAUUCAUAGAGUUUGAUAAGCUGUUGACCACCAAGCUAAAUACAGUAAAAGAACUAUCAGAUUCCCAACUGCUAGACUUACCUACCUUUUUGGCCUUAGAUACUAAGAACGAUGAACAAUUACAAUCGGUAGGCUCAUCCUUCGAUGAGUUGCUGAAUGAUACUGUUUCCCCCUGUGAGAAGGUCACGUGUCUAAAGAAACUACAUGAUAUGCUUUUGGAACUUGAUCGUAAUAACACUGACGAAAUCCUUCCCUCUAUGAUUUAUUUGCUAAUAGACCAUCCUAGGCGAGAACUAUUCUUAAAUCUACAAUUCAUUAAAUUAUUCAGAUAUCAUCGUAGGUUGAAGGAAAAGGAGCUGUAUGUCACCACAAAUUUUGAAGCCGCAAUCUCUUUCAUCGAUUCAGUAACUACAAAAGAUUUGUUACCUUUCUGUAAGCAUGUUGAAGAAAUUGAGAUUCCUCAAUUAGAGGUUAUCAGUGAUCAGAUAAAAUUACCACUAGCAUCCGAAGAACCUUUCAUGCCUGACUUUAAAAGAUCUAAUUCCCUAUCAGAUUUGAUAUCUGUGGGGAAUGUGAUUGAUUCUGGUUUAAGAAACUUAAUGGGAAGACUCAAAACAUAUACACCACCACCUGUCCCUCCGGGAUCCAACACUCCAGUUCCUCUAGGUCAACACGGCUCAUCUCCUCUGGCAGAAGUUAAUGAUACAUUGACAGGGGAUUGGAGAAGAUACAAAGAUUCUAAGUUCGAAGAUCUGAAGAUUAGCGAUAUGCGAAAUAUAUUUGAUAUAUACCAGAAUUUGGCAAAUAAGAGUAAAUAG